CUUCCACUCAUCAGUCGCACCAGCGGCUGCUGUGCCUCUCGCUCGCGGCCGCAGAUCGGCGCCGGUGGCGGCGAGCCAUGAGCAUGAAGUACCCGCACCCACCGCCGCGGGACGAGGAGGCGACCGCCUCGCCUCCCCCGCCGCCGCACCGCCGCCCGCGCGGCUUCGCCUCCUCCACCGCCCCCGCCCACUCCGCCGGGGCGACUCCCCCGCGGCGGCGCGGAGAGCGGGAGCGCGAGAGGGAGAAGGAGCGCACGAAGCUGAGGGAGCGACACCGGCGCGCCAUCACCAGCCGCAUGCUCGCCGGGCUGCGGCAGCACGGCAACUUCCCGCUCCCCGCCCGCGCCGACAUGAACGACGUCCUCGCCGCCCUCGCCCGCGCCGCCGGGUGGACCGUACACCCCGACGGCACCACCUUCCGCUCCUCGCCCCAAGCACUCUCCCCUCCUCCCCAGUUGGGAACGUUUCAUGUUACUUCUGUGGAAACCCCAACAUUGACGAACACUCUGAACAGUUAUGCCAUUGGAACACCAUUAGAUUCUCAGGCUUCUGUCCUACAUACAGAUGAUAGUCUGUCACCAUCGUCGUUGGACUCAGUUGUGGUGGCAGAGCAAAGCAUAAAAAACGAGAACUACGGGAAUUCAAGUUCGGCCAAUUCUCUGCAUAGUAUGGACAAUGAUCAGCAGUUAUUGAGAUCAUCAACAGUGCUGGCGGGUGAUUACACCAGAACUCCAUAUAUACCAGUCUAUGCCUCUCUGCCUAUGGGUAUUAUCAAUAGUCACUGCCAAUUGGUUGAGCCAGAGGCUGUACGCACUGAACUAAGGCAUCUGAAGUCUUUGAAUGUGGAUGGGGUUGUUGUUGAUUGUUGGUGGGGGAUUGUGGAAGCCUGGACUCCUCGCAAGUAUGAGUGGUCUGGCUACAGGGACCUUUUUGGUAUAAUUAAAGAGUUCAAGCUGAAAGUUCAGGUUUUAUUGUCAUUUCAUGGGUCUGGAGAGGCUGGAUCUGGUGAUGCUUUAAUCUCUCUCCCAAAGUGGAUCAUGGAAAUUGCAAAAGAGAACCAAGAUAUAUUUUUCACGGAUCGUGAAGGUAGGAGAAAUACCGAAUGCCUUUCCUGGGGAAUUGACAAAGAACGGGUCCUUCGAGGGCGAACCGGCAUUGAGGUCUAUUUUGAUUUCAUGAGGAGCUUCCAUAUGGAAUUCAGGAACUUAUCUGAAGAGGGUCUUAUUUCUGCUAUCGAAAUUGGAUUGGGUGCUUCAGGGGAGCUAAGAUACCCUUCAUGCCCAGAAAGAAUGGGAUGGAGAUAUCCUGGUAUUGGUGAGUUUCAGUGUUACGACAGGUACAUGCAAAAGAACCUACGGCAAUCAGCACUAUCACGGGGACAUUUGUUUUGGGCCCGUGGACCUGACAAUGCUGGAUAUUAUAAUUCAAGACCACAUGAAACUGGCUUUUUUCGUGACGGGGGAGAUUAUGACAGCUACUAUGGAAGGUUUUUUCUUAAAUGGUAUUCUGGGGUCCUCAUAGAUCACGUGGAUCAGGUGCUCUCGCUUGCUACUCUUGCAUUUGAUGGAGCGGAAAUAGUUGUCAAGAUUCCCUCUAUAUAUUGGUGGUACAGAACUGCAAGCCACGCUGCAGAGCUUACAGCAGGAUUCUAUAAUCCUACAAACAGAGAUGGAUACUCUCCAGUUUUCAAAAUGCUCAAGAAGCAUUCUGUAGUUCUUAAGCUUGUUUGUUAUGGACCAGAAUUUACAGUUCAGGAGAAUGAUGAAGCAUCUGCGGAUCCAGAAGGUUUAACCUGGCAGGUAAUGAAUGUAGCAUGGGACCAUGGGCUGUCUCUAUGUAUAGAGAGCGCUCUUCCAUGUCUUGAUGGUGAGAUGUACGCUCGGAUCCUUGACACAACAAAGCCUAGGAAUGAUCCUGACCGUCAUCACGCCUCAUUCUUUGUGUACCGUCUGCAACAUCCACUCCUGCAGAGAGACGUUUGCUUUUCAGAGCUUUGUAGCUUUGUCAAGUGUAUGCACGGGGAGGCUCCCCAGAACGGAGAAGGUUGAAUUUCUUUGGCAAUGUCUGCCCAAUAGUGGAAGAAAGGAGCUUGGUUUUGGAAUUCAGCCAGUGUUGAAGCAAGUGGCGGAUAAUCUUAUUUGCUGCCUGAUUAUUGCUAAGUUCGAUUACACUGGCAAUCGAUUCCCACAUGUCAGUUAUUUGUGUCUUUCUACUCCCCAUUCAGCAGGCGCUGUCGAAGCUGUUUAUAGCCUGCACUACGAAAGAUAGCAUACCACAUGUUGCGAUAGGCGUGAACAACGCAGGUAGUUUAGCAAGAUUGUUCAUGGAAUCGCAAUGCUUCGUUGUAUGGUAGAAAACAGCAUUGCCUUAUCAUCGUCUCAGCGUUCACUGUUCAAGAUGCGGAAUGCAAAAAAAAAAAAAAAAAGUCUCUAGAGGAGAGGACAAAUUUUGGUUUAUGUAUUUGUUCUAUUUCACUUCGAUACUUUUUGUUCCUACUGACAAAAACAUGGUUCAGUGAAGGCAUGUGAUGGUAUGAGAUGUGUAAA